AUGAACAGGACAGAAGUUGGGGAUCCCAAUAUGAUGACACUUCUCCCGUUUCGGGGCGAUAUGGAGAAGAAUAUUCCGGCUGAAGAGAGCCUGACAGGAAUGAAUAUUAUCAUGAAACUGAACAAUGAGCAGAUAUUUGCGCUUUUAAGCUCUUAUGCUUCGGAUAAGGUCAAGCUACGAGUGGUGAUAAAAGAUGGCAAAAUCAACGGUUUACGAGUAGUAUCGAAAGUGGGGGCUGUGGAUGCUCCAUCUGGAUCUGCCGCAUCGUCGAAAAAGGUUGAGAUUAUCAAAUGCAAUAUUGUCAAGGAAACUAACGGGACGAUUUACCAUACACUAAAACAGAAAACAGCUAAGGAUCCUGCCUAUGCGGUGAAUAUGGGAACUCUGGAUUACCGGUUGAAUCUGAUCAAUUACAAGCCAACUGUGAGUGAAGAGAAUGUUCAUGAGGUGGCUAAUUUUAGCAAGUUGGUGAAAAUCGUUGAGUGCAUCGCCUCCACUGUUGGAGCAGGGGGAAGGUCGAAUAGUGUUGGGGUGUUUUACGAUGCACGUGAGGUGGUGGACAUUUUGACGAAGGGGAAACACUUCAGCGUUGCCGAGAGUAAAGAGAUCAACGAGAUAAUGAAGAUGCUCAAGCCCAGGGACGCACUACAGCAGGGGGAAGAUAUUGUUGAAUGGAAGUGGUUCCGUCUUACUCGAUCUUUUGAUAGCACGCGGUGGAUGAAGAAGUUGUUCCAGGAGGGGUACCGAUCGAAGGAUGCGUACACGAUGCUCUACUCGGGGCGGGUGGAUGCGGACAUGGUGUGCGAGAAGUCGAAGAUGGCGAAGGCCGAACCCGGGUACGCGGACAAGUCGACGCCUCCAUCUCCUGCGACGUCGUCGAAGUCGAGUGUGAUCUCGAGCCACAGCAGGUCGUACUCGAGGUCGAACUCGGUCAGCACGAGCGAGAGCCGACACUCGACGCCGCCUGGAAAGGAGGAUGCGAAGGACGUUAAAGAAGUCAAAGAUGCAAAGGAGGUGAAGGACUUGAAGAAGACGAAGCGGUCGUUCAAGGAGUACCGUCUGGCGAAGGGCCUCGAUUCGGGGACGCCGUCGACGCCUGCUUCCCCCCAGAUAGCGGUGGCCGCUGUUCCGGCGAAGCGCAAGAUGGAGCCCGAGGAGACCGCCCUGGAAGCAUCUGUGGAGACAGCGGGGACGGUAGAGGGUCCGGCGACAAAGGUGGCCCGGGGUCCCCGGUGGAACGUGCCCGAGACCGACGCGGAGGCGGCGGAGCUGGUGAGGACGUACCAGAGGCGGUACGGGGUGUACUUCCGGCUGUACCAAGAGUUGAAGAACGUAGAGAUGGGCGGCGGGGAGGAGGGUGGGCCCGACCUGGAGCGGACGAACGGGGCGAUCACGGAGUUGGUGGAAAUGCAGAACGAGCUGGAAAGCAUCCGGUGGGGGUUGGGGGUGUACUCGAGGGUAGUAGAGAAAUAG